GUUGAACCCGGCAGCUCUCACGUAACCUUCAAAGCCGCCUCUCCCAUGGCUGCCACUGCCACUUCCUUCCGGUGUUUUAAAAUUGGCUCUUCUUCCAAUCAAUCCAUCAUUGCCCAUCCAAGAGACAGAAUCAGAUGGAUUCUGGAGGGAUUCUCGGUUUCCAAUACGGCAUAGUUCAGGCUCCGCUUGGACCUGAUAUCUCCGGUCCUGAGCUUGUUGCUGCGGUCGCCAAUGCCGGCGGACUCGGUCUUCUCAGAUCCCCCGAUUGGGAAUCGCCUGAUUAUGUACGAGAAUUGAUACGGAAGACCCGAGCAUUAACAGAUAAACCAUUUGGAGUAGGUGUAAUUUUAGCAUUUCCCCAUGAGCAAAAUCUAAAGGCCAUAUUAGAUGAGAAAGUAGCAGUUCUGCAAGUUUACUGGGGAGAAUGUUCAAAGGCUCUUGUGGACCAAGCUCAUUCUGCUGGGGUGAAAAUUAUUCCACAAGUUGGGAGCGUCGAAGAAGCAAGCAAAGCAGUUGAUGUUGGUGUUGAUGCAAUAAUCGUGCAAGGUCGGGAAGCGGGAGGGCAUGUUAUUGGUCAAGAAGGUUUGAUUUCCAUCUUACCAAGGGUAGUUGAUAUUGUUGGGAAUGAAGAUAUACCUAUAAUUGCAGCUGGUGGUAUUUCAGAUUCUCGAGGUUAUGUUGCUGCCCUGGCCCUGGGCGCUCGUGGUGUCUGCCUCGGAACUAGAUUUGUUGCUACUGAAGAAAGCCAUGCUCACCCUGCAUACAAGAGGAAGUUGGUAGAACUGGACGCAACUGAUUAUACGAACAUUUUUGGGCGUGCAAGAUGGCCCGGCGCACCCCAGCGUGUUCUACAGACACCCUUUUACGAUGAUUGGAAGUCGCUUCCUGCCAACGAAAACGAAAGCAAUCAGCCUGUCAUUGGCCGCUCAACAAUUAAUGGCUUGGACAUAGAUGUACGGCGCUUCGCAGGAACCGUGCCAAACGCAACGACAAAAGGCGACAUCGAGAGCAUGGCAAUGUAUGCGGGGCAAGGAGUAGGACUAAUCAAGGAGAUACUACCAGCAGGAGAAGUGGUAAGAAAGCUGGUUGAAGGUGCUCAACAUCUGAUCCAAACACAUUUGAGUAGUUUUGUUCAUAAAGAUUGAUGCUCAGAGCUGCAAUAUUUUUUGUUUCCUGAAAGAAAUAAGUUCAAAAAUCCAUAUGUAGAUGUAGAUGAAUGUCUGAAAAAUUGAGCUUCACAAGUUAAAUAAAAGUAGUAACUGGGAUUUGCUGUUUUGUUCGCAUCA